CCACGGUUCGUCUGAGCAUUCCCAGCUACACACAGGUGGCCUGAGGGCCCUUUCUGAGUUGCGCUUCUCUUUCCCUUCUUGGUUUCCCACCGCGAUGACUUCUCUCACCUUCUGGCCCUUUGGUGUGGUCACAGCGCUCAUUCAGAUGUGCGUUGCACAGGGGCCUGCCUUUCCCAUCAGAUAAAUAUACCUUGUGGCUGUCUUGUUACACCGGCCAGUUUCUGAGACAGGCCUGUGGGUAUUUUGGUGUGUUUCCUCUGCAGGAAGCAGGCUGGCCAUCUGGGCUUGCUUUGUCCACAGGGCCUGCGUUUGGGACCUACCUCCGCAGAAAUUCCGACACACAGCUCCAGGGAGCGCUGUUCCACACCUGUAGGACCCUGAUCUUUGCGCACCUCGAGAUAUUUUCUCCCAAGUCCCGGGGGAAACAUGAGCCAGCACAACUCGAGCCAGAACUGCUCAUUCAUUGACGUGGACAAGCUGAUGAAGACCCUGCAGAUGGCCGUCCACAUCCCCACCUUCCUCCUGGGCCUGCUCCUCAACCUGCUGGCCAUCCGCAGCUUCAGCAGCUUCCUGAAGAAGUGGCCCGGCUAUGCGGCCACCUCCAUCUAUAUGAUCAACCUGGCCAUCUUUGACCUGCUGCUUGUGCUGUCGCUCCCCUUCAAGAUGGUCCUGUCAGAUGUGGAGCACCCAUGGUCUGCCUUCUGCACGCUGGUCGAGUGCCUCUACUUCAUCAGCACGUACGGCAGUGUCUUCACCAUCUGCUGCAUCAGCCUGGACAGGUUCCUGGCCAUCCGCUACCCGUUCCUGGCCAGCCACCUCCGGUCCCCCAGGAAGACCCUGGGGACCUGCUGCGUCAUCUGGGUACUGGUGUGGAUCGGGAGCAUCCCUGUCUACAGCUUCCAUGGCAAGAAGGAGAACUACAUGUGCUUCCACAACAUGUCCAACAGCACCUGGAGUGCCAGGGUCUUCUUCCCCCUCCAGGUGUUCGGCUUCCUGCUGCCCAUGGCUGUCAUGGGCUUCUGCUCAGCCACAAGCAUCCGCAUCCUGCUCGGCCUCCGGGACCGCAGCCACAGAGCCUGCAUCAGGACCAUCGCGGUCAGCCUGAUGGUCUUCGUGGCGUCCUUCCUUCCGGUGCACCUGGCAUACUGCCUGCAGUUCCUGGUGAGGAACGGCUUCAUCGUGGACUGCAGGGCCAGGCAGCGCAUCAGCCUGUUUUUGCAGCUGUCCAUGUGUUUCUCCAACGUCAACUGCUGCCUGGACGUUUUCUGCUACUACUUUGUCAUCAAAGAAUUCCGUGCGGACAUUAUGGCCCGCCGCCUGUCCCAGGUGCCGCUGGUCCGGCAGGACACCAUGAUUACCCGGGGCUGAGGGAAGGAGACAGACCCACUCCAGUGUCCCUGACAGACACCCUGUUCCAGCUGACGUCCUUCCUCUUCCAUGCCCACGGAAUCCAUAUUUGCUCUUUGGACCCCAAAACCUUUCCACACUUUCCAGUCAGCUGGAUGGACAUCACCAUGCACUCGAGCUUUGCUGGAGGACCUGAGGGCUGGGCAGAUUCUCCAUUUCUAAGUCCAAAAAGAUAGGAAGCAGAAAGGUUGGGUAGAGUGCAUCUGAAAAAGGCCGUUUCUCUACUCUCCCAUCCUUCUCUUUAGAAGAUUCUGGAAAGAUGGAGAGAGGAGUUAGUUCUAAGUCUCAUUUCCUUUGGGCCCCAGAAAGGCUCAGGGAGAAGCCGAUCCCUCCUGUGGCCAGGACACAGAGGGGCCCAUGCGGCAGUGCGAGCCAGGCUAUGGGGGAAGUGUUGGGCAAUUGUGGGUCAGUGGGGACAGAGUGGAAAGGUGUUAUCGAUAUCUUAGAGCUGCCAGUGGCCAGGCUGUCUUUGGGGGAAGGGAGACAGGGGCUGGAAGUGGACAGCCCCCCUCCCAUCGCCCCUGAAGUGUCUUGAACAGGGUCUUAGCCUGGCCCAGGGCGCUGGUCUCAAACACACUCGGCUUCCUGCCUCGAGUGGGGUGGGAGGUUGUUUCUUAGCCCUGGCACAAAGAUGGAGAGAAAGAAUCUGCCUUGACCAGGAGUAGCCUUAGCAGAAUGAAGGAAGUGUGUGUCCUGCUCCCCUGGGUCCCAUCUGGGCUGCUGGCACUGGUGUCAUUGCCCAGGAAGCUGCCCAUCUCUGGUGGCUGGCACGGAGGAAAUGAGGGAGCUUGAGAUAGACAGGCUGCAGGCAGCCUCCGGCAGUUCCGGGCACAGUGCUGUUUGAGUCCAUCUGUCCACUCUGCUGUGCUCCAAGGAGGACACGAGAUGGGAUAAGAAGAAAUCAGGGAGACCAUGUGGACAGUGGAAAAGCAACGCAGGGGAGGAGGCUGAGGGCCUGGCCAGCUGCCCAGGCUGGAAGCCAUGAGGGGAGUGGGGUCUGGGUGGGGACCAACAGGGUGGGCGGGAAGGGCCAGGAGAAGGGCUACUUCUGGUCACACUCCCUCCCCCACUGAGAGCCACUGAAGGGCAAGGGUCUUGCAGCUGUCCCUGUGGCAGUGUUCAGUGGCACUUUGGGUGGCUGGCAGGCAGUGGGGGGUAGAAGGCGGCACAGAGGCGUGGAGGUGGGUAUAGAGGAGACACAGGCUCAAGACCAGGGAGGGCUCUGCAGACCAGGAGUGAGGCUCUACCCUGGCUGUGCUGUACAGGCCCUGGACACCCCUCUCCCUGCCUGUGGGCUGAGCUGGCCCUAGACCACCCGGGGCAGAGACACUUGCUGUGUCACUCUGAGGAAAGAAAACCACCUUGCAAUGGAGAACAGGGAACCCCAAGAGCAAGAUCCUCAAAAUGAGAAGGAGUCCAGAGCCAUCAACAGUGAAAGAAACGGAAAGAAGUUUGUCUUUGAUAGAGUUGAACAGCUUGAGCUAGAUGUGGUGACCGCAGACCUCCUGAUCCACCUCAGGACAGCAAUGUCCCUUCUCCUUCUCCCCAGGAGGACUCCUGGCCUGAGGGGCUGUGGAAGGGACUCGGGUCCAGCAUUUUAGGUGCAUGGGUGGAGGCUCACGCAGGGUUAGGGUCAGAGUUAGGGUUGGGGUUGGGGUCCCAUCAAAGGGCCCACCCUGCGGCAAUGCCAGUCAGGAGGCAGGAAAGCUGGAACCCAGUCGUGAAAAGCUGAAACUCCUGCUUGCUAAAGCCAUGGGAGGGUCAGAGCUGUCCUGUGACCGUAAGUGUGACCUCGUUUGUACUCCUAGCCUGGAAAACCCCAAGAUGCACAUAUGUAUAUCCGUGGAGCCAGCACGAUCACUGGAAAAACAAUAGGACUAAUCAGAAUUAACUCAAUAAACAGAUUUGUACAGCA